GCCAUCAGUUGGAACCGAAGAGUUCUCGAGAGCGGAUCUCAGACAGAAUGAUUUUCCCGGUGUUUUCAGUACUUUUCCUGCUAUUUCACCAAGCAAUCCCCUCCGUUUCUGGAGUCGAGUUCUUUUCCUCCAUACAUGAGAUGACCAAAGUGUUUGGCUAUGAACAGAAAAUGGUGCUGCAUAUGCAGAAAUUCCUAUCCGAUAAUCAGGAUAAGUUGGAUUUUCUGAAAGCCCGACUGCGAGAGUUCGAAAAUGAGAGGAACGAGGCUCGUGAAUGGGGUCCAUCAUAUUUUGAGAGUCCUAUUAACAAAUAUUUGCUGAACAAGAGACUCACAGUAGACUGGCAGCGAGUGGAGAAUCUCAUGGCGACUUCAACAGGCGAGAAACCGCUGACUCGCCUUAGGAAAUUCCGAAAUCGUGAGACAAUGCCCGAUAAAAAAGAGCUCGAAGGAGCCAUUGAUGGGCUUUUAAGGUUACAGUAUGUUUAUAGAUUGAAGGCCAAGGACCUGGCCAGAGGUAUCUUGGAUGGAGUGGAUUAUGGCACCCAAUUAAACUCGGAGCACUGUGUGGACAUAGCCAGACUGGCUCUACGGGAUCAGCAUCCACGUUUGGCUCAUUCCUGGCUAAUUGAAGCUAACGAUCGUUUGACGGGUGGGGAAAAGGAGGAGCAACUCAAGCCUCAGAUUCUGGCUCUUCUUGUGCAGGCCAAGAAGGAAUUGGAGGACUUCCGUGGUCUGAAUGAUACCUACCAGGAGUUAAUCGGGAUUCAAUCAGCCAGUGAGGAGCACGCCAAGAAUUACGAAACCUUUUUGAAUGCUCUGAGUGAGAAGGCUCUACUAAAUGAAUCCAAACCCAUCCUAGAACAUGCUCCCAUUCCGGAGGAGGGUGAACCGGUGGGCGAGUUCCAGGCCUACAGCCUAACCUGCAGUGGCCACUGGCGACUCACUCCCAAGGAACAACGUCAUCUGCGCUGUGGCUAUGUGACUGAGACACAUCCGUUCCUGUGGAUAGCUCCUCUCAAGGCAGAGGAGCUCUUCCAGGAUCCCCUGCUCGUACUCUACCACGAUGUCAUAUACCAGAGCGAGAUCGAUGUUAUAAGAAAACUGACCGAGAACAGGCUGAUGAGGGCCACAAUAACGAGCCACAAUGAGUCAGUCGUGUCCAAUGUGAGGACUAGCCAAUUCACCUUCAUCCCAGUCACGGCUCACAAGGUGCUAUCAACCAUCGAUCAAAGAGUAGCGGACAUGACCAACUUGAACAUGAAGUACGCGGAGGAUCACCAGUUCGCCAACUACGGAAUCGGAGGACACUACGGCCAGCACAUGGACUGGUUCUACCAGACGACCUUUGAUGCCGGAUUGGUCUCCUCUCCCGAAAUGGGCAACCGCAUUGCCACAGUUCUAUUUUAUCUUUCGGAUGUUGCCCAAGGUGGAGGUACUGCGUUUCCGCAGCUAAGAACUCUAUUGAAGCCAAAGAAAUAUGCAGCUGCAUUUUGGCACAAUCUCCACGCCUCUGGAGUGGGUGAUGUAAGAACACAGCAUGGUGCGUGUCCUAUAAUCGCCGGUUCGAAGUGGGUUCAAAAUCGAUGGAUCCGUGAGAAUGAUCAAUCUGAUCGUCGUCCCUGUGAACUUUGGGAUGAUUCGUUGGCCACCUAUGCGCAGAUUUUGGAGUUAAACAAACAAAAUGAGUGAAAGUCAGCUUCUAGUUAACGUAGCAGCUAACUAAAGAACCCCAGUUAAGCUUUAAGGGAAC